GAGCUAGCCUAUAUAUAAGCGUACGAUGCCUCUGUGUCAGACAUAUCUCUCCUUGCAAUUGCAUAUCAUCUCUAGCACCGAGAGAGAGAAAUGGCGAGUGACAACGGAGAAUUUAGCUUUCCUCGGACACCGACGAAAGGACGGAACGGGCUCCCGAAGAUUCAAACGCAUGGAAAGAAGCAGGAAGACCAGAUUUGCCAUGACGACAGUGCACCACCGGUUAAAGCCCAGACGAUUGACGAGCUGCACUCGCUCCAGAGGAAGAGAUCUGUUCCCAAUACGCCCAUCAAAGGAGAAACUCAGCCAGCUUUUAAUGCUGUUGUUUCGGAAGAGGAACGCCAGAAGCAACAGCUUCAAUCCAUCAGCGCGUCGUUGGCUUCUUUGACGCGAGAAACGGGGCCCAAGGUGGUGAGGGGAGACCCGGACCGGAAAAGUGAAACUCCAAGAGCACACGUGACGCCGACGCAUCACGUGGCAGCUCCCACCAGCGACAGUUCCCUCAAGUUCACGCAUAUCCUUUACAACCUAUCCCCAGCCGAGCUGUACGAGCAGGCCAUAAAGUAUGAGAAAGGAUCGUUCAUAACAUCGAGCGGGGCUUUGGCGACGUUAUCUGGGGCGAAGACAGGGCGAUCACCGAGGGAUAAGCGCGUUGUGAGAGACGAGACCACCGAAGAUGAGCUUUGGUGGGGAAAGGGGUCUCCAAAUAUUGAGAUGGAUGAGCACACUUUCCUGGUUAACAGAGAAAGAGCCGUCGAUUACUUGUGCUCACUUGAUAAGGUCUACGUCAAUGAUCAGUUUCUGAACUGGGACCCGGUUCAUCGUAUCAAAGUCCGUAUUGUAUCAGCCAGAGCCUACCAUUCAUUGUUCAUGCAUAACAUGUGCAUCCGGCCCACCACUGAAGAGCUGGAGGAUUUCGGUACUCCAGACUUCACAAUAUACAAUGCUGGAAUGUUCCCGUGUAACCGUUACACUCAUUAUAUGACAUCCUCCACAAGCAUAGACCUUAACCUUGGUAGGAGGGAAAUGGUGAUCCUUGGAACCCAAUAUGCCGGUGAAAUGAAAAAAGGGCUCUUCGGUGUCAUGCAUUAUCUCAUGCCUAAACGCCAGAUCCUCUCCCUACAUUCCGGUUGCAAUAUGGGGAAAGAUGGCGAUGUGGCACUCUUCUUCGGGUUAUCUGGCACUGGGAAGACCACACUCUCAACGGAUCACAACAGAUACCUAAUUGGAGAUGACGAGCAUUGUUGGAGUGAGAAUGGCGUCUCCAAUAUUGAAGGUGGCUGCUAUGCCAAGUGUAUUGAUCUAUCCAAGGACAAGGAACCUGAUAUCUUCAACGCCAUCAAGUUCGGAACAGUGAUGGAAAAUGUAGUGUUUGAUGAGCAUACCCGAGAGGUUGAUUAUUCAGACAAGUCUGUAACAGAGAACACUCGGGCGGCAUAUCCUAUAGAAUACAUACCAAAUGCUAAGAUACCAUGUGUGGGGCCUCACCCAAAGAACGUUAUCCUGUUGGCUUGUGAUGCGUUUGGUGUGCUCCCACCGGUGAGCAAGUUAAGCUUGGCCCAAACGAUGUACCAUUUCAUCAGUGGCUACACUGCUCUGGUUGCUGGAACAGAAGAUGGAAUAAAAGAGCCACAGGCAACAUUCUCUGCCUGUUUUGGAGCUGCAUUUAUAAUGCUUCAUCCGACAAAGUAUGCAGCCAUGUUAGCUGAAAAGAUGAAGAAACAUGGUGCAACCGGAUGGCUUGUUAACACUGGCUGGUCAGGUGGAAGUUAUGGAUCAGGUAAGCGUAUAAAAUUGGCAUACACACGGAAAAUAAUUGAUGCCAUCCACUCUGGGAAGCUUUUGGAAGCAAAGUACACAAAGACAGAGAUAUUUGGGCUUGAAAUCCCAACUGAAAUUGAAGGGGUUCCUUCUGAGAUCCUUGAUCCAGCUAACACAUGGCCAGACAAGGCGGGGCACAGGGAGACGCUGGUGAAGUUGGGAGGGUUGUUCAAGAACAACUUUGAGGGGUUCUUAAACUACAAGAUUGGAUCAGAUAACGUCACGGAGGAAAUAUUGGCUGCUGGUCCAAAUUUGGAAUAAGAAUAUACAUAUAUUAAUUAUAUGAUGGUACGUGUAAUAACUCCUUCUUUCUAGCAUGCUCUGGACGAUGGAAUACAAUGGAAAGGAGGAGGAGGAGCCUGGAUAUGCAUUUGGUGUUCCAACAGGAGGGGAGGGGUGUGCUUAUUAUUGUGCUAUAUAUAUUUACAAAUACAACACUGUAUUUCCUUUUAUUUUUUAAUUGUAUGAUGAUAUAUGUUUGCAUGUCCUUGUUUUCCAAUUUAUAUACAUAUGUGUUUGGACGGUUA